GCGGAAAAACAAAAACAAAGUUGAGAGAGUAUUCCAUGAUAAAUUCAUGUAUUAUAAACAUGACAUCAACAGAGUUUCCUGAAACGUUUGAAGCAUUAAAAGAUCUACAGAAUCUGUUAAAGUGUAAAUCCUGUGGAAAAUUAGCUGAAAGUCCAUGUACUUUAGGUGGCUGUGAACACAUUUUUUGCAAUACAUGUUGUGAUAUAAACCUAGAAAAGAAUGAAUGUCCAAUGUGUAAUAUCCAUGUGAAUGUAAAAGCUGCACAGGUGAACAGACAGAUUUAUAAUGUAGUAAGACUUUGUCAGAGGUUGGAGGAUGUUCUGACUGACACAGAUAGGAACAGUCAUGUACAGACAUCAAAACCAGAGUUGCAUUCAGAUCUUAUGUGUGAAACAGAAACCACAGUAGGACACAUUGGUUCAUAUAGAUCCCCAAAAAACACAUUAAAUUUAAAUAAGUUUGAUAAAAGCGAUGACCAUACUUCAAAGAAGAAUAGAAAGGAGGAGUUAGUUGUAUCCUUGAAUGUUCAUGAAAGAGGAACACAAUCGUCAAAAAAUAGAAGAAAAGGGAGAAGUCUUCCAGCAGAUCAGAGAACAAUGACUCAAAUGUUGAUGGAUUCAGACAGGGAAGAAAUUUCUUUAAGUGAAGAUGAAGAACACACUCCCAAAAAAAAUAAAAAGAAAUAUAAAAUGAAAGUGAACAAGUUACUGAAAAGUGGUACAAAGUAUCCUAUUGACCAGACCACAAUGAGUCAGUACUUUGAUUAUACUGAUGUUGAUGAUGCAAGUUUUGAUAGUCUUCAUGGUGGCAAAAAUCAAAUAAUAAUAAAAAAUGAAACUACCAAAACAUCUGAUAAAAAGAAGAAAUUACACAAAAAUCAAACUCGAAAUUUAAGAACACGGUCAAAAGACAUCAAGGCAAAUAAUUCAGACACUGCAAUGCCUUCUCCUAGUGAGAAGAAAAGAAGGAGGCAUUCACUUGGUGCAGUUACAAAUAGAGUUCAAGAAUUGAGGGAUGAACAUAAAAUGACUGAGAAGAAGGAAAGAAGAAGUUUAUCUCCAAAUAAACAGAGUAACAUAAAAUCUAGAAAUCAUUCUCCUAAGCAGCAGGGCAGUGAUACAUCUAGAAAUCUAUCACCACAGCAGCAAGACAAGAGGAAGUCAAAGGACAAGCUGAAUAUAAGUGUAACAGGAAGUGGGAAAAAAAAUGUUGAUCCAUUGCUGAAAAAAAAUGCUAAAGGAGAAACUCCGUUACAAGUAGCUGCUAUAAAGGGAGAUAUUAAAAGAAUUGAAGAAUUGCUUAAAGCUGGAGCUUCACCCAAUGCUAGAGACAAUGCAGGAUGGACGCCCCUGCAUGAAGCAGUUCAUUAUGGUCAUACAGAAAUAGCGAAAAAGCUAUUAGAUCAUGGGGCUAUGAUAAAUGUUCCAGGGACAGAAAACGAUACACCCCUACAUGAUGCUUUACGACAAGGCCAGUUAGAUUGUGUUAGAUUACUUGUGUCUUAUGGAGCAUGUCUGACUAGUAGAAAUAUCCAUGGUUUAACUCCAGAAGAUUUUGCUGUGACUGAAGAUAUGAAAGCUGCAUUGACCACGGAUAUCACAACUACAACUAGCAAAACUACAGAGGUCGUAGAUGUACUAGAAUACCAGCAGCCUUGUUUACUGCACACAGCAUUAUCUAGAGAGCAGAAAAUACUACUGCAGAAGUGUGCAACUGUUAUACAGGGCAGAGUGGUCGAAGAUUUCUGCCCUGAAGUAACACAUAUAGUAACAUCCUGUAAUAAAGAUGGAAUGUGUGCCAGAACAUUCAAAUACAUGCAUGGUGUUGUUAAUGGGAAAUGGAUUGUCAAUUUUGAAUGGGUGAACAUGUGUUUGGAAUUUUGCCAUAAAGUCUGUGAAGAAGCAUUUGAGAUUCCUGGUUCAAGUCAAAAUAUUGAAUCUCAUGCAGCAGAGAAAGGCAGGAUCAACAGGAAAAAUCAGCUACCAAAGUUAUUUGAUGGUUACCAGUUUUACUGCUAUGGGAAUUUUGAAUAUCCAACUCCUCACAAGGAAGACUUGAUAGAACUUGUUAAAUCUGGUGGAGGUCAGAUUCUCACAAGGGAGCCAAAGCUUGACCACAUACCUGAAAUACCAAAUGUGCCGUAUCAUGCACCAAAUAGUGGACCUUUAUCAAAGUGCUACAUUUUUGUUGUCCAUGACAACAACGCACAUACUGAGCCAAUAAGGAAGGAUAAAAUAUGUUCUGUUUCUGUGGCCUGGAUAUUGGACUGUAUUGGAUUGUUUCAGAUAAAACAAAAUGUGGAAAUUUAAAUCAUCUUCAAAACAAUUGUAGAUUGGUGUUACUUGCAAUGACAUAUAUAUACUUACCCUCAAUGAACUGAAUAAUUCAUAUCUUUUACAUAAAUGCCUUUAAGUCUGAAAAUAACUUGCUUGACCUAAUUUUAAUGGUUCAUUGAAUCAAAAAGGAUGUUAUAAUUAGGAUGUCAUAUCAAGGUUGCGGAGCCCUAUAAUUUUCACUUUGUCAGGUUUUCCAACUGUCUGUCCAUCAACAAGUACGGUGAGCAAAGUCUAAAGUAUGGAUAGGACACAGAUACAAUUGUGUACAGCUGAUAUGAAAUAUAUGUAGACAUUAUAAGAUUUCAGAAAAAAACAUAGAUAUAUGUAAAUUAUGUUAUUCCACUUUGAUUCAAGGUGCCUUAAGAUUUAUCCAUCAACUGCCAUUUUCAAAAUGGCUGAAACAAAUAUGAUAGUCUUAGAUAUAUGAUUUCUUUUACUAGUUGUUAUUGGCUUUUAACUAGCUGUCAGUAACUGCGAGUACCCUCAGAUCUGUACUUUGUAUCUUUUUUUAUGUUAGGAAUGUAUAAACAUGAUAAAUACCCUGUCAAGUCCAGUCUGUGUUUUUGUUAGAUGUUUUUCUGCUUUUUAUCGAUCUGAUAUAUGAACUGAUUUUUGA